CCUGUCGCUCGGUUAUGACGUCAUUCACAUGUGUUUUUUUCCAGCAUGGUGACCUUUCUCCUUUCCAGGCAGCCGGCUUUAGCGGAACUGAAGACAUAUUGUUUUUAAUAAUUGCAGCUGUAAUUUUUUUAGGUCUAGUUCACUGAAUGGGGUUCUCAAGACAUCGCUUUCAAUUUUUGUUCACAUUUUCAGUUAUAAUCUGAAGUAAUGGCUGUGCAAAUGCCCUUUGGUGGAUUUCUGUUUGUGCAAAAACUGUUGAGAUUUUGCACUUCCAGUCAAAGACAUCUCAGACACAGGGACAUAAUUGUAAAACUCAUUAAAAGUCAAAGGCAGAUGAGAACUUUCUCAGCUGGUUGUGUAAAAUGUAACGAAAAUGAGAGCGAGGACAUGGACUCUUCACGCCUGAGCACCAAGCUAACAUCCAGACAAGCACUGCUGGCCAGCAGGAGGAGACCCCUGUCCCCUCUGGAGAGGAUCAGUAGUCUGCUGCCUCAGGAUGCCCUGAGCCCAGAGGUGAUGCAGCUGAGAGGGCAGAACCAGCAGGAGGCUGAAGAAGACACCAACAUCUGGGUAUCAGCCACACAAAAGGAAAGUGGACAUCCUGAGACAGUCACAGGAGAUGAGACAAUAUCUAUCGAUGAUGAAUCAGAUAACUACCAUGCCACUCUCCCAGGGGAGAGCUUGCUUGCGUUCGGGGAGCUGCUCGUCGCGGAGUAUUAUAAGAAAGGGCGGGUGGAGUUCAGGAAGAUGUUCAAGCUUCAGACAGGGACUCGUCUGCAGAGCAGCUGGGGGGUUAUCCUGCAUGACAACAUAGCCAGGCAGCCUGCAGGUCAGUUCCUGAAGACAAGCAGGGGGGUUCCCAUCCUCAUACGGCGUGCCAGUCUGGAGGAUUAUGUGCUGUAUAUGAGGAGGGGGCCCGCCAUCGUCUACCCAAAGGAUGCAGGCACCAUGCUGAAGAUGAUGGACAUCACAGAGGGAGACUGCGUGCUAGAGUCAGGCUCUGGGUCCGGGGCUAUGUCUUUGUUCCUCUCCAGAGCAGUUGGGUCUAAGGGCAGCGUGAUGAGUGUGGAGGUCAGGGAGGACCACCUCAGGAGAGCCAUUUUGAACUACGAGCGCUGGAGGACAUCAUGGAGUCUGCGGCGAGGGGAGGACUGGCCCGACAACGUCCGGUUUCACAACGCUGACCUCUGCACGGCCUCCUCGCUCCUCGCUGGUCAGGGAUUCCAUGCGAUUGUUCUUGACCUGACGAACCCUCACCUGGUGUUACCCACUGUGAUUCCACAUCUGCACCCUGGAGCUGUAUGUGCUGUUUACCUCGCCAAUAUAACACAGGUCACUGACCUGCUGGAGGGCAUCCGAUGGUUGGCACUCCCUUUAUUGUGUGAAUGCAUCGUUGAGGUUCCAAUCCGACACUGGUUGGUGGCCCCAGCCAUGCAGAAAAACGGGCAGUACUGCACCAGGAAAGCUCCGAUCCUGGAUAAAGACCACAGUGAGGAGGAGGAGGAGGAGGAGGAGGAGGAGAAAGCAGAUGAGACUGAAAAAGAAGAGUUGGCCACAGAUGAGCACCCAGCCUUUGGGAGUAUCCCCUACAUUGCCAGACCUCACCCUGAACAAAUAAGCCACACAGCAUUCUUGGUGAAACUGAGGAAGUGUGUUAAGUAGCUGCUCUGCAUUUAAGGAACCCUGGACAAAAAUAAUUGUUUUAUGCUUAAUAUGUUAAGUAAAUUACUCUAAUAAUCUGGAUAAUAAAAAAAUACUGACAUCACGA